UGAAAAAGUUAUCAAGAUUAAUACAACUACAACUUUGCAAAUGAAUUUAUAUAAAAAAUAAAAAACAAAUAUAAAAUAUUAAAAAAAAAGUAAUAAAACUUGAGUUAAAUUCUCUAACUAAAAUAAAGAAAAUUAAAAUUCUCUAUAUAAAAGAAUAUUACAAGAAAAUUUUGUACGCAGUUUAAAAAUUAACGUCGUUUUAAAAACAACUUACAAAAUUUAAAUAACUUAUUUAAAAUAAUAAGAAAAAAAAACAUUUUGUGCUUAAAAAACUUAAAAAAUAAAAAAAUCCUUCAAAACGGCUGCUUUAAACUUAUUAAAACAAAACAGAUUUUGUUUUUUAAAAAACAUCAUUAUUUGAUAUUGUUAACGAUAAAUGGAGAAAAUUGAACAACAAUUUCAUAUGAGUUCUUCCUUCUUCCUCCAUGAGUAUCCUGAGAGUUUUAUGUGCCUGAUCAACAAGAUGCUGUUAAAAGUUGAGAAUACUCUAUUGCGUAGUCAUCGUCAGCGAGAGACCACCGGUAUUAAGAAACUCUACAAUUCGUUUUUUGUAUUGUUUUAAUUGGUUUGUGGUAAAAACAAAUUUACACCCGUCUCUUUGUUGCCGGUCAUAAGAAAUAAUUUGUAUUAAACUUUAAACGUAUAAUCAUUAUAAAAAUAUAAAAUAAAUAUAAAACUUAACAAAACUAAACAGAAAAGAAAGAAAAAUAUAACUUAAAACCUAAAUAAAAGUUAAAAAAAAAAGUUCGAUAAAAAAAAAACUUCCUUAUCGAAUUAUAGAAAAAUUGUGAAAAAUUAUCUUGUAAGUUUGUUAGUUGAAAAUGUAAAUUUAAUAACAACUAUUAAACAAAAUAUUAAAGAAAACGCCUUUUAGAAAAGUUACUGUGCUUCUUUUGUUGUAUAAAAUUGCCGCUUCAAACUUAAUCCUUGGAAAAAAUUCUCUUUCUAACUUAAAAUCUAAAGAGCCUUUUUUAAAGUGCUCUAAGAUUGUGUUUCAUCAAACGAAUGGCUCUAUCGCUGGUUGCUUCCCUGCCACAUCAUCAAUCCAGUUAUUUUGAUAUACAAUCUUUUUUGGAUCCUUAUUCUUUGGAAACUCAUAACGACACUCAAACCUCUUCGAAUUAUAUGAGUGCAAAUCAAUCGUUUAAUCAACAGCAGCACCAGCGUUCUACGAAAAUUCUUUUAAACAAUUACCACAACACCGAUUUAAUGGAGUUUAACAAUAGUUCUAAUAAUCUACAACCAACUUCAGCACUACAGCAGCAGAAUAAUAGUCAGUUAACAACAAAUAUUGCACAGCAACUUUCUAAUACAACAAAUCGCAAUUUAAUGAGUGGUUUUCAUCAUCAACAUUUUGGUGCCGAAUAUGAACCAGUUAUAACAUUUGUUGACUCUCCCCCAAAUUCUGAAGAGUCUUGGCCGGACGAUCAAUCGAAAGAUUCGCCAGGUCCACAGAUAAUUGACGUCCAAACUAUAUAUUCAAAUAGUGGAUCACGUAAAAGACGAAUGGAUUGGGAUCCUUUGGAUAUCGCUCAGAGUGAAAGCACUGCUUCUACACAAACUGGCGAGUUACCAGCAAAAAUUUCAACACAUCAAUUAUUAGAAAAGGAUAAAUAUAAAAAGGAGCGAUUAAGCAGUGGUCGUGGCACUUGGGGCGAUGAUAUUGGUUUUGAUUUAAAUGCGGAAUUUAAUAGUAAUUCCUAUUUGAAUAAUGAAUCCUUUAUGACAUUUGCAUCUGGCUUACCCACCGCCCUUAAGCAAGAACCUCAAACUGAUCAAUUGAAAAUCAAUAAAAGUUCAUUGAACAUUCAUCAACAAGAUCCGGGUAAUUUAAAUAUUUCAACCAAAAAUGAUAAGACACUGACAACGGCAGAUGGUGGUCAUAUAGAAACAUCAACCGAAAAAGUGAACAAAAAUGAUUUGAUUGACAGUCAUCAUUGCAUUUUGGAUCAAAACUCAAAUGAAAACAAGGGAAAUAAUCAAAAUAGCAACGAUCAGGCACGCAACUCUUCUGUGACACAUCAGCUUUUAACCGUAGUUGAUGCCAGUAAAAUUGAGCAAAUACCCACAGGACGCGACGCGACUGCAACAUCCACAACUUCCAAUUGCGAUGAUUAUAAAUUUCAGUACAUAUUAGGUGCUGCCACCUCUAUUGCCACGAAAAAUAAUGAAGACACACUAACCUAUUUGAAUCAGGGACAAAGUUAUGAAAUAAAACUAAAGAAAAUCGGUGACUUAUCCUUGUACAGAGAUAAAAUCUUAAAGAGCGUAAUUAAAAUAUGUUUCCACGAACGUCGUCUACAGUAUAUGGAACGUGAACAGAUGCAACAAUGGCAGGCCUCACGUCCCGGUGAACGUAUUAUAGAAGUUGAUUUACCCUUAUCCUAUGGUCUGUGUCACGUUUCACAACUUUUAAAUCCAAAUUACUUAAAUACGGUGGAGAUCUUAUGGGAUCCCUUGAAAGAGGUGGGAGUUUAUAUUAAAGUCAAUUGUAUAUCUACUGAGUUUACACCGAAAAAACACGGUGGCGAAAAGGGUGUACCAUUUAGACUACAAAUUGAGACAUAUGUUGAGAGUUCAAAUACUAAUAACUUGAAUAAUAAUACUGUGGUGACAGGGAAUAAAUCUCCUUUAGGGGUACCAGCUGGAAAUUCACCCUCACAAGCGGGUAAUUUAACGCCAAAUAGUUCGGUACUGAGUCUUGGUGUCGAAGCAUCCUAUCCAUGCUGCAGCGGGCCAAAGAAAGGGAAGGGGGGGGGGGAAAAAAGGGAGGAGGAGGGGGGGAGGGAGGAACGAACGAACGAACGAGUUUUCAAAUUAAAAGGUGCCGAUCGUAAACACAAACAAGACAGAGAAAAAAUCCAAAAGCGACCACAAUCGGAACAAGAUAAAUUCCAACCCAGCUACGAGUGUACAAUUAUGACAGACAUACCAUUGGAAUUAAUAGCGCCAGCAACAAAUACCAAUACAAAUGGCUGCUUUAGUCCAGAAUACAUGAAAGUUUGGCCAAAUUCUCCUGUACAUAUGCCCAAAUAUGAUGGUAUAAUACCAUUUACUAGUGCCUCACCAAAUGCCAACGCUAGUCCUAUAGCUAUAAAUAGUGUUUCCUCAACAAAUUCAACAAAUCUUAAAAUAAUGGAUCCAAACAGUAUGGUUAAUACACCAAACAUGCUCUCGGAUAUCGAUGAAUAUAAUUCAAUAACUAUUAUGCCUGAAUCUACACCGGCACAAGUUACUCACUGGUUAACCUAUCAUCGUUUAACUUCAUACUUAUCAACAUUUGCCCAUUUUUCGGGAGCCGAUAUUAUGAGAAUGUCUAAAGAAGAUUUAAUUCAAAUCUGUGGUCUUGCCGAUGGCAUACGCAUGUUUAAUAUUUUAAGAGCCAAAGCCAUAACCCCACGUUUAACUUUCUACGUUAGUUUAGAUGGGAAUAAUUUUAAUGCCGUUUAUCUUAUAUCUAAUACAUCUAAAGAACUAUCACAAAAACUUUUUAAACUUCCAGGAUUUUAUGAAAUUGUAGCCAAAAGUUCAGCACAUAAUGGCGGUGCUGUGCCCGCUACUGGCGGUUGUAACAACACCCUAAUGGACAAUUCAACACCAUUUCAUUCUUGGGGCAUGCAUUCGAAAUAUUCGGGCAGUGGUUCGAAUAUCUUCAAUGAUGUCAAUAAUAAAAGUUUAAUUUAUGUUACCGGUCCCGCUGGUAUACAUGUGGCCGUUACCGAUGAAGUUUUGAAUAAUGAAAUACGUGAUGGUAGUUUAUAUGGUCUAGAAGUACAAAAUGGAAAAGUUAUUAUGAAAUUAAUCAAUAAAAAUGAAAAUUAGUUAGUUGUAAAUAAUUGUACGUGCAAGAAAAAUGCAUUUAUGUUUUAGAAUUUCUUUUUUACGAAAAUGACUGUUAUAAAAAAUCGUACACUGCAUUUCGAUAUUAUAUAAUGAAAUUACUUUGCAAACAUUUAUUUCAUAAGAAAAAAAGACAAAUUAUUUAUUUUAUUGAAAGAAUUUCUGUUAAUUAUUAAUUAUUAUUCUUUUCUUUUAAAACUUUUUUGAAAAAUUAUUGCAAGUAGUUCUUUAGAUGUAAAAAAUUUCCCAUUAAUGUAAAUAAAAUUUUUCUUUCUUUUUUUUAAUUUUAGGUUUUGUUUAAAGAAUUAAUUACAAAUGUUAUAAUUUAAAACUUUAGUUUAACAGGGAGCUUGUAAAAAAGAAAUUUAUUAAAUUUCAUUAACAUAUUUAUAAGAACUCCUUAAUUUUUAUAUAGAGCUGCAGCGGUAGAAUGUUUAAGGAGUUGUAAUAAAUUCCAAUAAUUCUCUUAAUUCUCAUAAUAUUUAACUUGUGCCCGAUCAUUUAUAAUUUUGAGAUUUUUCCUUCGUUUAAAUUCGAAUUAUUUUAAGGUUUUGUUUAUGUUGAAAUAUUUUUUCUUAUUUAGUUUAUAGUUUAAUAAUAUUAUGUAAUAAAAUCUAACUUUUGUAAAUUAUUUUAAGUAUUAGAACAAAAAAUAUAAUAAUAAAAAUGCAGACCGUAUUUAAAAGUACUAAGCAACAACAAUGUAUUUACAAAGUAAAGAAAAUUUUACAUCUGUUAACCACUAGCAACGUUUACCAAAAAUAUGGAAUAAGUUACACUAACUUUUUCUAAUAUAUGUAUGUAAAUGUAAGUAACGUUAAAAAUGUUUUUAAAAUAAUAAAGACAAGGAAAGGCCUGCGAAAUGUG